CCUUAAUGAGAGUUUGCUUUUGUUGUGUUGUCUGCAUACAUUAACAAGGUGUACGAUUGUCAUUGUUCUUGUUUUAACCUUAUGUAAUGACUCCUGGUUUGUUGCAAGAAGCAUCCAUGACUAUGGGCAACCUCAAAACCAACAGCAUGACCUCUUUCCUUAUCCUACUAUCCCUCCAACACAUCACCUCCUACACUCCACCAGAUAAUUUCGCCAUCAACUGCGGUUCCACCAUCUCACAAACUUCCCCAGAUAAUCGCAACUGGACCGCAGACACCACACCACUCUCAAUAACCCUUCAACGCUUCAACCACCCUUCACUCAACAACACACUCAUCCCUUUCACCACCUCGCUCUUCUCACGCUCCCAAUUCUCCUACACCUUCCCCCUCACCCAAGGCCCAAAGCUUCUCCGCCUUUACUUUUACCCUACUUCAUACCCCGCCUUCCCUCGCCAUUACUCUCUCUUCUCCGUCAAAGCCAACCACCACACCCUCCUCAACCAUUUCAACGCUUCACUCCAUGCAGACAAUCAUGCUUACCCCUCACCAACAUUCACAACACAACAUUACAUCAACGUGGAACCCAACCACCGUUUAAACAUAACCUUCAUUCCUAGCUCCACCGCUCAUCCCAAAGCCUACGCCUUCAUCAACGCCAUCGAGGUUUUAUCCAUCCCAAACCAUCUUUAUCAAACACUCACCAGUGCUACUUUCAAGACAGUGCACAGAAUCAACCUAGGAGUCAACAAAAACCACCUGGGAAGUACUUCCAAGCCCUCACAACCUCCUACACCACCCAAAACAGCAAAGAAAAACAAUAUUCAAAUUCCAAUAAUAGCCUCUGUCGUGGCUGCGUCGUUACUCGUGUUAUCAUUCAUCGGAUUCAUAAUCUUCCGAUGUGUAAGAAGAAGAGUUGGUAUCGCGAGAGAUGGGAACCCGGGUUCUUCAAGCACGCGCUGCCGCGAGUUCUCUUUGGCGGAGAUAAGAGCCGCGACGAGCAACUUCGACGAGGGUUUGAUCGUGGGAAAAGGAGGGUUCGGGAACGUGUACAAAGGAAACCUAAACACGUGCGAGAAGCCCGUGGCGAUAAAGCGUCUGAAACCGGGUUCGGAGCAGGGCGCGCACGAGUUCGAAACCGAGAUCAAGAUGCUGUCGCGGUUUCGCCACGCCAACUUGGUGUCCCUCAUCGGUUUCUGCAACGACGGCGGCGAAAUGAUCCUGGUGUACGACUUCAUGACGCGUGGGACCCUCCGCGAUCACCUCUACGGCUCCUCCGGCGGGCUGUCGUGGGAGCGGCGGCUGAAGAUCUGCGUGGAGGCGGCGCGUGGGCUGCAGUUCCUCCACGGCGGCGUGGACAAGCAGAGCGUGAUCCACCGCGACGUGAAGAGCACGAACAUUUUACUUGACGAGGAUUGGGUGGCGAAGGUGUCGGAUUUCGGGUUAUCGAAGGUGGGGCCGAACGCGUCGCACGUGACGACGGACGUGAAGGGUAGCUUCGGGUAUUUGGAUCCCGAGUACUACAUGAGUCUCUGGCUGACUCAGAAGUCUGACGUGUACUCCUUCGGCGUGGUUUUGCUUGAGGUGUUGUGUGCGAGGGCCCCCAUCGAGAGUACCGUGGACAAGCACCAGGGGUUCUUGGUGGCGUGGGUUAGAAGGUGCUAUCAUGAUGGGAAUGUUCAUCAGACGGUGGAUCCCGCUCUCAAGGGGGCCAUUAGUCCCAAGUGUUUGAAGAAGUUUGUGGGGAUUGCGUUGAGUUGUUUGAACGAUCAUGGCAAGGAACGGCCCUUGAUGAAGGACGUGGUCAAGGGGUUGGAGCAUGCGUUGACUUUGCAACGCUGUUAUUCUCAUGGUCGAGGUGGGGCCCUUAAGGAGAAGAGUGAGGAAGUAGCAAUUGACUUGACCAAAAUUCAUUAUGGUAAAAUGGACGAGAGAUUUGGUGAAGUCAUGCACGCGUCUAGCAGCGGCAAGCCUACCACGAAUUGCAGUGAGGAGGAGCAAGCUUUGGUGCAUGAGGUGUUCCAAACAGCACGGUAAUUAAUGUAAUUCUCCAUGUUGUCACAAUAAUUGAAUUUUAGACAUUAAUGUUCUCGUACUAGGUUAUGAAAUAGAGUACUGUACUAGGUUAUGGUGUGAAUUUUGGAGGAGGAUUCAUCCAAAGACUGUCGAUCAUGGUGCUUAAUUUAUUGUAAAGUAUUUUAAAGGUGAAAGUGGGGCAACGAUGAUACCUUGAUUUCUACGUAUUAAAAUGCUACCGAUCAAAAGAAAUACUAGCGAUUA